CCGGGUGUGUGCCGGACCUCCGGCCGCCGGGCUUCAGUUCGUUCUUGCCGGGAUGGCGGCGGCGGCGGCGGCGGCAUCCCUGCCGGCUGCCCCGGUGCUGAUCCACCGGCUGGCGGAGCGCCUGCUGAGGAGUCUCAGCCACUUAUUGGAUCGCGCACCUCCGGGCAAGGGCUGGCGGGAUUUGGCGCAGCUCGCCGGGAGCCGCGGCGGAGUCCGGCUGAGUUCUCUUGAGUUGGAGCAUUGUUCUCUGCAAGUUCUGGCUCCUGAAGGAAGUCCCAGCUGGAGUCUCCUUCAGCUAAUGGGUGAAAGAGGCUGUACCGUUUCGGAGUUGACAGAAUUGUUGCAGUCCUUGCAACACACCGAGGCACUUCAGUUGCUCAAUCCAAGUAUAAAGAUCAUGGUAGAACCAGAAUCCCAAGUUGUUUUAUCUGGCCAGAUGGUGAAACUAAGCUGCUGGGCAACAGGAUAUCCUCUCCUAUAUUAUCAGUGGUUUAAAGAGAAAAAAAUGGUCCCAUAUGGGAAUUCCCCAGAAUUGAUAUUCAAUCAAGUAACUGCAGAAGAUGCGGGAUUAUACAUAUGUCGAGUGAACAGCGAUUCUUCCUAUGAAUUCAGCCAAUGGGCACAGCUGGAUGUUUGUGAUAGCCAAAGAGAUGCUGAUGGAAGCUACUUCGAGUUGCCUGAAAAGAAAAUACACAUCUACCUGCAUCCGCAAUCUCAGAACUUGAUGGUUGGACAAAUGUUAAUUCUUCAGUGUGAAGCCACGGGAAAUCCCACGCCACAGUACCAGUGGUACAAAGAAGAAUCCCCACUUCCUAAUGGAGAGAAAAAGGCUUAUGUGGUAUCCUGCGUAGACAUUGAACAUCAAGGAACCUAUUGGUGUCGCGUGUACAAUAAUCAAGAAAAUGAAGAAAGCAGAAAAGUGGAAGUAACUAUAGGUGGAAAAUCUGUUGCAGUAGAAUGCACGGAAGAUGAAUUAAAUAUCCUUGCAAGACCUGAUCUUGAACAACCAACUGAGAGACAGUUUGCAGUAGAUAAAGUGGCACUACUGAUGGGGAACAUGAGCUACUAUAACCAUCCCAAACUCAAGGCUCCGUUAGUUGAUGUUUACGAGCUGACCAACUUGCUGAGGCAGAUGGACUUUAAAGUGGUCUCCUUGCUGGAUCUGACCGAACCUGAGAUGAGGAAUGCAGUGGAUGAGUUCUUACUGCUCCUGGACAAAGGUGUCUAUGGUCUAUUAUAUUAUGCUGGGCAUGGCUAUGAAAAUUAUGGUAAUAGUUUUAUGGUUCCUAUUGAUGCUCCAAAUCCCUAUCGAGCUGCAAACUGUCUAUGUGUACAAAAUAUCCUCAAACUAAUGCAAGAAAAGGAUACUGGCCUCAAUGUAUUUUUACUGGAUAUGUGCAGAAAAAGGAACGAAUAUGACAAUACUGUUCUCGUCUUGGAUGCCCUGAAGGUUACAGCUAACAUUGUUUUUGGAUAUGCCACGUGCCAAGGGGCAGAAGCUUUUGAAAUUCAGCAGUCUGGAUUGGCCAAUGGGAUUUUCAUGAAGUUUUUGAAGGAACGUUUAUUAGAGGACAAGAAAAUUACUGUGCUGCUGGAUGGUGUGGCAGAAGAUAUGGGAAAGUGUCAUCUUACCAAAGGCAAGCAAGCUUUGGAGAUUCGCAGCAGCUUAUCUGAAAAGAGAGCAUUAACUGAUCCUAUUCAGCAAACUGUAACCUCAGCAGAAGCUUUGGCACGAAAUCUACAGUGGGCAAAAGCGCAUGAACUUUCUGAAAGUAUGUGCCUUCAGUUUCAAUGCGGGGUUCGGAUCCAGCUUGGUUUUGCUGCAGAAUUCUCCAACGUCAUGAUCAUCUACACAAGAAUCGUAACAAAGCCAACUGAAAUAACCGUUUGCAACGCCUACGUCACUGAUUUUCCUCUUGAAUUGGAUGUGGAUCCUAAAGAAGCAAAUAAAGGAACUCCUGAGGAAACUGGCAGCUAUUUGCUUUCAAAAGAUUUGCCCAAACACUGCCUCUACACUAGAAUAAGUUCACUACAGAAGCUAAAGGAAGAUUUAACAUUCACCGUUUGCCUGCAUUAUGAAUACAUGGGACUCGAGGACCCGGUGGAUGAACGAAAGGCGGUUAACAUUGGCAAACCGCUGGUUGCCAAAUUGCGCAUUCACCAAGGAUUUGGAAAGUGCAGCUGCUUCCAGAGCUGUCCUUUGCCUAAUGGCGCUACCUCCGCCCAGUCACUGGCCACAGAAGCAUCUGGAUUCUGCCCAUCUCAGCUUAAUCAGCCGCAUUCUUACAUAGGCUUUGUCCAAUCAAGUCCUUCUCUUAUAGAAAGCCUGAGGCAGUCGCCAAGAUGCCACUGCAGGAUGGUGCCAGACAGAUUAAUUGCAUGGCAAUCAAAGUGGUCACAUUCAUACGAUUCAGACCUGAGCAAUAUUCCUGUGGAGACCACAGAUGAACUCGAAUCUGACUUCUCGGGAAGUUUAAAACUAUCUCAUGAGCCUUAGCCAGCUUCAUUUUGUAGGCCGGAACUGCAUUUUCAAUGGCCUUGCCCUGGGAUGAAAUUCUGAGGCCCGGUGACAUCUUGGUCUGGAGCCAUGCGUUGGGCUUACAGUCCUUGGCUGAGGGAGAAAAAGAGUUAAAAAUGUUUUCAGACAACCAGAAAUAAAAGUUGCAACAUCCCCAGAUAUUAUCCCUCGUGAGGGGGAAGACGAAAAAGAAUUUGGUAAAGGCAGACUAGGUUUCUGUGGGACAUGACUUCCUAAUAACUCAGCACGUUGAUUGUCAGAAUAAGCACAAACUAAGCAGAAGUCUUUAAAAUACAGAAAUUUUAAUGCGCUGAUUGAGAGGCCUACAGGAGUUAUGAUACCAGACUUCCACUUCACCAGGCAAUGAGGAGAGGGAGAAUAGCAGAUAGCAAUAGCACUUAGACUUAUAUACCGCUUUACAGUGCUUUACAGCCCUCUCUAAGCGGUUUUACAGAGUCAGCCUACUGCCCCCAACAAUUUGGGUCCUCGUUUUACCCACCUCGGAAGGAUGGAAGGCUGAGUCAACCUUGAGCCUGGUGAGAUUCGAACUGCCAAAUUGCAGGCAGCCAGCAGUCAGCAGAAGUAGCCUGCAAUACUGCACUCUCACCAUUGCGCCAUGGCAGCUCUAUAGUCCGGAAAAUCAGGUGAUCCCGAUGGACAGAACAGGCAUACGUGUAAGCAACGUUUUGGGAGGAAGAAGAUAAACUGCCUGUUAUGGAGUCUGAAAAGGAGCCAUCACAGAAUGAUCUUUCAAUCCAAAGAAGUGGAUAUUAAAGGAAGUUAAGGGAUACUGAGCACCAACUUCCUUUGCUCUCAAUUUACUGUUCAGUGUGCAGGCCACUGAGAUGGUGGUGGCAGUUGAGUAAGAAAAUCGGUAAGAUAAGAUCUGCCCCCUUCCUUCCUUUUUUCCACCUUUCCCAGCAUUACAGCUUUCUUACGAGAACUAGGUCUUUGCAUAAUGUGUCUGAAGUGCGGUUAAUUUGAACCUGGUCAUUUCUGCCUUUGGUGAAAAUUCUGAAUUAGUUAGUUUGAUGAGCCGUUUGUUUGCUUUCUCGGUUGGCCAUAGUACUUCAAGGAAUCUUCUCCAAAGUCUUUCCAUGAUUGGUCCAGAUUUAGUUCUUCCAGUACCCCAAACAGCCAAAAUAUUCUAGGUUUUGUUUCUGCUGGAUCCUGUCUGUCCUCAAAUUGUUCAUCGGAAAUUCCAGAACAGAUGGCAUCUCCCAGGACCAAGCAUAUCUUCCAGAUCAUACUUAUUGCUUAACGCAUUGUAAGCCGCCCUGAGUCUCCGGAGAAGGGCGGCAUAUAAAUCAAAUAAAAAAAAUAAAUAAAAAAAACUUAUUCUUAAUUCUAUUUCAGAUAUCAGGUCAACUUUAGUUAUUUAAGCAGCUUCAUCCAUAUCCCAUUUACAGUAUUUACUGAUAAUUAUUGGCCUGUCCCCAAAAUUAGGUUUGGAAAUAUCCAGUAAAGAAAUGAAUUCUUGUUCUGGCUUUUUCUUGUAUUUGCUAUUUUUCUUAACAUUCUUAAUUUAAGAUAUUCACCAAAAUCCAAAUAUAACAGUUUUGAAGAA